CCCUACUGCACCCCAGGGCAGAGCUUGGUCAGCGAUGCUUGGGGAGCCCUGUGCCAACCCAGCCUGUACCUGAGACAUCAUGCUGCUGUCUGCAGCUACAGAAAAUAAAUAGUUGAGGGGAGCUUCAGCCCUAGAAAUCUGCUCCCAUCACUCCUCAAGGUCUGACCCCUUGCCCCCUCUGUUAGCAGCAAGCAAGCUACUCCACACAACAAAGCAGGAGUCUCCAGGCAGAGGGUUACCCUGUGAGCUGCUGUGGGACAGCAAAGCAGCAGCUGGUAGUGCCAGGCACCUGGCAAGCACACAGCAGCAGGAGGGACCUUGGGCAUCACCCUUGCCCAGGCGACAUGGGGCUGGGGUGCUGGCUGUCACCUCCCAGAGGGGUGUUACUUUGCUGUUGCAUCCCGUUCCCCAACCCUUCCCCACCAUUUCUAAGCAGAGGAAACCACCACUGCUAGACAGCUUCCUCCCAGCCACUUUCAAAAUAGCAGGGUGACUGUCACCAUCACCCACAAGAGCCUUCCACCACCCCUUGGGGAGAGGACCCACGUGGAGACCUUUCCCAUGGGGCUGGUGUGGUGCCUGGCAGCUGCCUUCCUCCUCCUCCUUCUCCUCCCGGGUUUGAGCACUGGCCAACGGGUGGUGACUGUUCAGAAGGGACCUCUCUACCGUGUGAAGGGGUCCCACAUCACACUGUGGUGCAAGGUGAGUGGCUACCAGGGCCCAGCGGAGCAGAACUUCCAGUGGUCCAUCUACUCGCCCUCGGCCCCUGAGCGGGAGGUGCAGAUCGUCAGCACCGUCGACCCAUCCUUCCCCUACGCCAUCUACACCCAACGUGUGCGCAGCCGGGGGAUCUACGUGGAGCGGGUGCAGGGGGACGCUGUCCUGUUGCACAUCACCGAGCUGCAGGACCAGGACGCCGGGGAGUACGAGUGCCACACGCCCAACACCGACCAGAGGUACUUUGGGAGUUACAGCGCUAAGACAAACCUCUCAGUGAUCACAGACACCCUCUCAGCUUCCAUGGCCCCCCAGGUCCUCACCCGUGAUGAAGGGGAAGCAGUGGAGCUCACCUGUGAGGUGUCAAAGUCCACCACCCAGCACACUCAUCUCUCCGUUGGCUGGUACCGUCUUCAGGGAGCAGAAGCAAGUCAAGCUGAGGAGGUCCUCACCCUCUCUAAGGACUUCAUCUUGAGGCCAGGGCCCUCUUACACACAGAGGUUUCUGGCGGGGGAUGUGCGUCUCAGCAAGGUUGGGAAUACGACGUACAAGCUCACCAUCGGGGGGGUGAAGCUGUCUGACCAGGGGCAGCUGUACUGCGAGGCAGCCGAGUGGAUUGAGGAUCCCGAUGAGAUGUGGAAGGAUAUCUCCCGCAAGCAAACAAAGACGACAUCGCUGGUGGUCACAAGCCAGGGCAAAGACCUCUCCGUGGACAUCACUGCUGCCAAAAGCUCCCUUUCUGAAGGUGAUACCUUGCAGCUACAUUGCAUGGUGGGAGCCCAGAAGAGCAGCAGCAGGCACUUCCAGGUGCUUUGGCUCCUCAAUGGUGUGGAAGUGGCCAGGGUUGACCCCUAUGGGGUACUGAUUUGGGAGAAAGAAUAUGAAGAGAGAGCCAAGCUGGGUCAGCUCCAAGCAUUCAAGCAAAACAACACAAUUUAUGUCCUCGCUGUCUAUGACGUGGGGCUGAAGGACAAUGGUACAUACCGCUGCUCUGUUUCGGAGGUGAAGACUACUGGAGACUUUCACAGCACCCAAACCAAUCUUUCUUCAGGCAUCCAAGUCAACGUGAAGCCCAUAGAGAGACACAUGCACCUGUCUGUGUCCACCAGCACGCCGCAGGUCGUGGCAGGAGAUGCCCUGAUCCUCCUUUGUGAGGUGCAAGGAGCAACCAGCCCUGUGUCUGUGCGGUGGUGGCACCUGCCACCGCAGCACCCAGGUCCCCGGGUGCUGGUGGCCACCAUGGAGCAGGACGGCACCCUGAGCCUGGGCAGUGCCUACCAGGACAGCAGGACUCGGGGGAGCCUCCGACUGGAGAAAGCGAGCUCCGGCAUGUUCACCCUGGUGAUCCCCAACACGUUGGACGAGGGGGACGGUGGGCGGUACGGGUGCAAAGCGACGGAGUGGUCCCGAGGCCAGAGCUGGACAGAGGAGGGGGAGACAACAGUGACAGUCAUCUCUAUGGGUCUCAGUCUGCAUGCCACGCUGAAAAGCCGAAUUGCCAGUGUCAGAUACGGGCAGAGUGUUGAACUUGUCUGCCAAGCAGGUGCCAACUACACCUUUGGGGAGGUCCCGGUGUCUGUGAGGUGGCUCUUCCAGCCCAGCCCACCCACCAGUCACUACCAGGAGCUAGUCCAGGUCUUUCCCAGUGGUACGGUGGCCUGGAGAGCAGCACUGCCACACUUCCAGGAGAAAUCCCAGCUGACAAAGGCUGCCUCUUCCUUCAGGCUGCGCAUCCUCAAUGCUGCAGCUGCUGAUGAGGGGACGUACCAGUGCGAGGUGGAGGUCUGGAGGAGGAACAGCCAGCCAUUGGGGCAACCAGCAGCCACCACCAAAUCCAAUGCUGUGGGCAUAAAGGUGGUGCUGCCAGAAAGCAAGCUUCAGGUAGCUACAAAAGAGAGCUCUGUGGAGAUUGCCGACGGUGCUGACACAGCCAUUGAGUGCAAGAUUGUGUUUGCCCCAAAUAAUUCUCAGUUCACCAUUACCUGGUACGUCCUGCCUCCUUCUCCAGCAGAUGCAACCCCUCUGCAAAUCGUAAGGGCCAACUACAGCAGCAUACUGGAAUACGGAGCUGAGUUCAGCUCUCCUGCACAAAAGUCCCGGUUCCUGAGCCAGAGGGUGUCCAGCAACGUUUUCUGGCUGCGAAUACUCUCUGCGAACCCCGGGGACCAGGGCAGGUACUACUGUGUGGUAGAGGAAUGGCUCUGGCUGGUGGACAGCUGGUACAAACUCGGAGAGGGAGCAUCGGGAAGGACCACGCUGGACUUCAAGCUCCCAGAGCAUGAACUGCAGCUGGAGAAAACCAACAGCAGCAUCUCGGCAAGGGAGGGCGAGGAGAUGACGCUGCGCUGCCUGCUGCAGGGCGCCCGCCUGCCUGCCGCCCGCCUCUCGGCCACCUGGUUUCGGCAGGACAAGAGUGGCCACAUCAGGCCUCUGCUCACCCUCCACCAUGACGGCUCCAUCAAGUACUUCCAGGAGGUCCUGGUGAGGAGGCUGCACCUCCUCCGGCCCACCGCCAGAGACUUCAGCCUGACGCUGCGCAGUGUGGAGGAGGGCGAUGCUGGCGUGUAUCACUGCCAGGUGCAGCAGUGGCAGCAGCAGAGUGAGGGACAGGACUGGGCUCUGCAUGCCCGGGCACGCUCAGGGUACACCCAGCUCACCACCAUCCCGCCAGAGUCAACUGUUUUGUCCAGGAUCUGCUCAUCCCCACCACUGCUGAACUUCAUCCUGUACUUACCGCUGGUUCUGAUUCUUCUCUUGGCCCUUGCUGUCUUCUGCUGGUACUUCAAAUUCAGAAAAAGCAAGAAGGGCAACGUCACAGGCACCCAGAUGCUGGAACUGCAAGGGGCUGGAAAGACAACUUAGCUGUCCUGUAAUGGCAGAUGUAAUCUGAAGGAGUGGAACUGGACAGCUGCAGAGGACGGAGCACUUGCAGAGGGGCUUUUUAUUGUUUUGUAGUAGCUCUUGCGAUGAAUCUUUGGAAUUACAUGUAUACUUUCAGUAGAACAAAGUGGCUUUGAAUUACUAAGUAAACAGGGUUUUCCUAACAGGUAUGGCUGUCUUUAAGGUUAGGUACGCACCCAUUUCGUACUCUGUUCAUUGUGGCAUAUUUGAGGUCCUUGCCUCCCACUGCGGAGACCAGGACAGUCCUCUACAGGCAUAAGGGGAAAACCAGCUCUUUGCUCUGUGACACAAAAGUAUAAAAUUGCUACUCGUUUUAGGUAACUUGACAAAAUCUAUGUGAUGUGCAGGCUAAAAAUCAGUGGCAGAUCUGGAAAUGGCAUAUUGGCUUCCCAUUUAAGGCACUGCUUUUGCCCUUGCCUACCCUUUGCUGGAGAAGCUCUCAGACACCACUAUCCCUUGGUGGAUAGAGAGAGAGUGCCUAUACCCAAAGAGCACCUUCUCCAAAAGGAAAUGGGUCUUAAUCACAAAACCUGUUGCAGAAACUUGAGGACUGUGCAAGGCUGGCUGGUGCUGAAGAAAGUCCAUAGCAGUACCACAGCUAUCCACAAAACAAAAUCCUGUUGACUCAAGUAAGACACUUGCAUGGAGUCUUGGAUCCCAGAAGGAAGAAGUGGACACCAAGCUGUCUUGGAGAUGAGUGUACAAAGACUUCAUAGCUCCUACCUUUGCUGCAACUGUUGUAGGAGAAGACAGCAUCCAACCCCUAAUGCUUGGGCUGUCUGUGGAUCAAGAAGUUUCACAGCUGGAACCUGGUAUUAGAUGCUUCCAGGUUGCACCAUGUAAGAUAAAAGCCAUAUUUGUGCUUGCAGGGCAGCUUCUCUAUGCUCUGGGAUCCAGCUCAGGCUCACCUUUUCAAGGCUGAGGAGCUCUGCUAGCUCAAGGCUGAUGGUCUGAUGCAUUAGAGGAAAGCAGAUUUCAACCCAGUCCCUAUAACUCAAGUGAUACUCAACCGCUACUCGUACAAAGUGGGAUGUGGUCCCAGCAAACUGUAAGGUCAGGUGUCAGAAGGACACUCAAAGCACUGUCCUCAGACAAAAGCACCCAUAUGGAAACCAAGGCAGGUGUUUAUGAACACCUCCUUUGACCAGAGGGAGGGCUGGAGGCACCACAGCUGCUUUAGAUCAUCUGUUUGAGUCCUCCACUUACAAUUAGAAAAGCUCCUAGCCCUGUAUCCUAAGGAACUGGGUGGUGCUUCAGUCCCUUUUUUAUUAAAAAAGCACUUAUUGCAAAAUUUUUAAGACUGCUGCUCUUUUUUUCCCAUUCAGCCACCUCUGUACUGGCUGGCUCCAGUUUGCUCAGCUUUUCCCUGCGGGUUAUGUUUUCUGGACCUUGUGCAGCUUUUCCCUUUGCUGCCCUGACCCCAGCUGUCUCUCCCACAGCGUGAGUGCUCAGAGCCACACGUGGGGCUCUCUGCAGAGAUUUCCCCCACAGCCUUAUGGGUUAUGUCCCGUUUACACAUCCCAGUAGGAUGUUUGAUUUUCUGUGUGCGUGUGACAGCGCGGCACUGUUUGCCCUUGGCUCGCAAUCAGCAGGCUCCUCUCCUGCAGAUUUGCUGUCUAGCAAGUUGCUUCUCCACUGUGUGUUCAGGCUGUUGACUUUUCCUAUCUAAUUGAAGCACCAUUUGCACGGGUCUGUUGAACAGUUUUCUGUACCAGUUUGCGAAAGAUCCUGCUGUCUGUUUGUCUUAGUCCUGUCUCGAUAAUGCUUAACUCAUGGACCAGUUUCAGCCUGUUUUGACAGAGAAGCAGAUGCUCCCAGGGCAUCAGACUCCUACAGGUUUCAUGAAAGUGGUAGCUGCAUGAAGGAGAGGAGGCAGGUGAGUUGUCCCACCAAGGGAAGGCUGCAGUGUGGGCCGCCUGACAGCCAGCCCUGAGCCAGCCGUAUGCCAGCUGCCUGGUGCCCGGCUUCUAAUAAGAGGAUACAGAAAGGUGAGGUAGGUGUGCUAGGGCAUAGGAAAGGAAAGAAAGGAAGAAACCAGUUUUGACCAUAAACUAUGACCAAUUAACCUGUGCAUAUAGUUUGUCUACCAAUUUUGUGCUGUCCCUCUGUGUUUUCAUUUGGAUUGUUUCCUUAGCUUGCCUACAAGUGUACCUUGGGAGCGUAUUCCGCAAGCUUCAUAAAGUCAAGAAUAUGUGAUACCUACUGCUUACCCCUUCCCACAAGGCUUUCAAGCCUUCUUGCAGGACAUAUUAGAUAGGUCUGACAUGUUCUAUUAUUGCUUGAAACAAACAGAAAAAAAAGGGUUUUUUUUCUUUUUUCUUGCAUUCUUCUAUGUGCUUGUGCUUUAUCCCUGUAUCUCCCUGAGGGUUGCAGUUAAGAAGAUGCGGGUGUUCAGUUUCCCCUUCUUUUUAAAAAUAUUUUUUCCCUUUUCACUUGGUGUCUCACACCUCCUCAGGUGUGACUGCAGCAAACCACUAACAGAUGUCUUGACAGCCUAUUCUUUAUUUGUCUUAGGGUGAACCUCAUCAAAACCAGCCUUCUGCUCAAAAAUCUGAUUUAUUUAGGUUGCUACUCAUUACCAGAGUGCUGGGGAGGUGGCGGCAUGGGACAGCCCCUUCCCCUACUGCAGCAGUCGUGUGUGGGGGUCAGUCUCCGUGCAAGCCCCAUGAGUGACCUGGCUGGGAUUAGUGCAUCCCCCAAGCCCUCACUCAGCCACCAGAGAACUCCACUGCAGGCCUGUGGAGGCACCUGUGCUGCCUUCUGAUCUUCACUUAAAAAGCUGCAGAUUCUACUGUAACACAAGAUUUUUGUUUCUGGUGGACUGGGGAAAGAAAGUAAGCAGGGAGAGGGAGGUUUCUUCAUUAAUGGGGCACUUUCUUCUCCUGGCCCAUUUUUGUUCAGUUAAGCAGAGGCCUGUGUAAGUAGCAGCUUUUCUGUUCACUCAGGUUUAUAGGUUUUAAUUUAAGUUUGCAAAGUGUGCCUAGAACUGCAAGAAGGGAUCUGCAAGAAGAAUGUGUGUUUUUACAGUGGCGGGGCUUUUUUCUUCUUUAUUUUAUUUUCUGGCUUUGAUGGAUCACUGCCAAACCUUUCAGCUAUAUUUUUUAAGAUGUAUUUUUUUCCAUGAGUGAACUUAGAAAGAGUUGUAACUUAUCACAGCAAAAGCUCCAAAACAGUCCUAUUUUUAAAGAGAACAUUUCGCUCAGCUGAGGUAAAUGUAUGAGAGGGCGAGAGACAUGUGCUUGGUGGGUCAGGGGAUGGUGUUGAUUUUGCUGCCGGGGCUCUUGGCCACCUUCACCCACCCCCAUCACCACCUUUUUUCCAAGUCCAGCCUCUGAUGUAAAUUAGAACAACUGAGAAAAUACAUAUUUACCUGUUAGAGUCCCAUGGGGAAAAACAGUGCAACAGUGCGGACCCUGCAGCACAGCAGUUCCUCCAUCACAACCUGUCCCCCCGAUGUGCCCUUGCCCAGGGAACGUCCUGUGUGAGGGCAAUGUGUGGUGGGAAGGUGCAGGGUCCAUUCAUAGGUUUUAAAGCAGUUUGAAGGGGCUACAGGGCAAUGCAGAGCUGGGCCCAAGAGGAAUUAAUCCCCUGGAAAGCAGCUGCACACAGGGCUAUAGAAAUGCAAGAGCUGUGUUGUGCUCUUGUGGUUCUAUAGGAAGAUACAAAAACUGUAAGGCAAAGGGAGAGCAGCACGACCUCCCAAGCAAGCCAGCACACCCUGCAGCUCAGCAUACCCUCACUGUUCCAGACGAUGGAUGACGUGAGGGUGGGACAGCUGGGAAUAUAACCCUUGUGUUGUGUCGCCUUCCUGGAAUGUUUUCAUGGCACCUGCCUUGUGGCAGGACAGGAGCAAGGCCAGUGCUCAGUCACCACCAAGGCAGCUCACCCAACAUGCAGUGGGACACAGGAUCGCACCAUUGACUCUCUCACCUGGAGAUGGGUGCACCGAGGACCUUUUGCUGCAGGGCUCCUCUAUCCCGUGAGGAGGGAAGGUGGGUGAUGGGUUAGUUGCUGUGCAGGAGCGGUGGGAAGUGGCUUACAUGGAAAAUGAUAUUUUGCAGCCUCUGUCAAACAAUGGCUCAGGGUUUCCUGGCCUGCCCUGCUCCCUGGGAGCAGGAGGUACAGCAGCAGCGUGCUGUCCUGUACUGCCAGGCCAAGGCUAUUGAGGCAGGUUACAAAACUUUCCAUGAAUGCCUCUGAACAAAUGACUUGGAGUUCUCCCGGGGUGUCCUGUCUCAAGCACAGAAUCAUAAAAUUGUUCUGGUUGGAAGAGACUCUCAGGAUUGAGUCCAACCAUAACCUAACUCUAGUAUUAAAAAGUGCAACAGUGCUUCAUUACUUCCUGUUAACUCUGAGUUUCAAAUCUGACAUUGUUUUUUUUUCCUGUGAUAAAAUAUUUAAAAACUGGAAAUAAAAGAUGCAGCUCUGGUAUGUGCUUUGGUCUCACUU